GAAUCCUUUUCCGGGUUCGCUUGCGGCGCGCGGCAUUGUGGGAGGCAACCUUUUUUCCCUCCCCCCCUCCUUCAACCCAGCAAGCUCCCUUGGGGCGCAUGCGCAGUGACAGCCUCCCAUCUUUCUCUCAGCCAGAACCAGAGCCUCAGCAGCAGCGGCAGCAGCUGAUGAUGAAGAAGAGAGGGAAGGGGGGGGAGAUUGGGGAACCUUUUAUUUAUAUUGUUAAAGGGACAGAGCACUAAUUCCACCUUGAAUUGGUUUGCGGGGAGGGCUCGGCCUGAGGAGAUUUGAGUUUCUCCCCCACCCGCAGCCUAGCUAGAGGAUCCCAGAGAGAGACAGUGAGAGAAGGAGAGUUUCUUCCCCCGCUUCGGCCGUCAGAGGAGAGAGAGAGAAGAGAGCUAAAGCCUCUUAGCAACACGGUCCCCCCUCUCCUCCUCUUACUACUAUUGCUGCUGCUGCUGCUGCUUUUUGGCCCUGGCUGGAGACACCUCACCACACACACAGCAGGAGCAGCAGCAGAAGCCAGCUCUCUCUCUCCCCCCCUCAUCCCCCUGCUCUCCCCUCCUCCCCCUUUAUUACCCUUUGUGUGUGUCUCUCUCUCCACUGCUCCAGGAAAGGAAAUAAAAGUGGGGGGCAGCUAAGGUUAUCAUGAAUAACGUAUUUUGGAUAUAUUUAAUAAUUGCCGAAGAUGAUCCUCUUUACAGACAAGGCUUUUGAAAUCUGGGAUUUUAUACAGUAAAGGUCCCUGUGACUCUUUUCAGCCCUUCUCAUUCCCCUGGUUGCUGACAUUGAAGUGGUAGUUGCCUGGCUACAAGGUCCUUAUAUCCUGAUCCAUGGUGAUGUCCACCCCAAGGGAUGGUGAUGGCCCAAGCAAGAUGGAAAUCGGUAGGCCCAGAGUUGUGGAAAAGAUAGGAAGGUAUUCCUAUUGGAGCUGUAUCAUCAUGAGAGAAUCACAAGAAGAGUCCAGGAGUUCCUUGGACAAUGAAUGGAAGAAGACAAGGAAACAAAAAGAAUGUGGCAUAUAAAAAGGAUUUAAUACCUGGAGUUCUUGGCCGUGACAAAUCUUCAAAAAUGGGACUUAUUCUCUCAAAAUACAAAUUACCUUUGGCAGUCAUCAAGCUUGGAGUCAUGCUAUUGAACUAGAAGUAAAUGUUUUCAAUCUCUUCUUGGCCAGUAACAGAGCAUUAAUGGAUUAUGAUUUUCCCAAGUUGGAAACAUUCAUUUUUCCCAUUUAGGAUAUCCUUAUGGCUACAUAAGGAAUAAAACAUUUCAUACUUAAUAUUGAUCAGAAUGGGCAACUGACUUGUCAACAACAAAAAUGGCAGAUUUUAUCGACUGAGCCAGAGCUUCCCAAUGCAUUUUGUACAAACUGGGAAUCGCUGUGCUGUGCAGCCGCCUUCUGGAGGCCAUGAUGACAUAUAGACUAAGGAUAUCAUCUUAUUGUUGAUAUCUCCGAGGAGGCAUAAGCAGUAUCAAAAAAAAUGAAUGGAGGCAAGGAGUGUGACGGUGGGGACAAAGAUGGAGGGCUGCCUGCAGUACAAGUCCCAGUCGGUUGGCAACGGCGGGUAGAUCAAAAUGGAGUUCUGUAUAUUAGUCCUAGUGGGUCUUUAUUGUCCUGUUUGGAACAGGUUAAAACGUAUCUGCUGACUGAUGGAACAUGCAAGUGUGGUUUAGAAUGUCCCCUCAUCCUUCCCAAGGUAUUUAAUUUUGAUCCUGGAGUUGCUGUGACACAAAGGACAGCUGAAGAUGUUAAAGCAGAUGAAGAUGUCACUAAGCUAUGCAUCCAUAAAAGGAAAAUUAUUGCAGUGGCUACACUUCAUAAGAGCAUGGAAGCACCUCAUCCUUCGUUGGUUCUAACUAGCCCUGGUGGUGGAACAAGUGCAACUCCAAUAGUACCUUCACGAGCAGCAACUCCAAGAUCAAUGAGGAAUAAAUCACAUGAAGGAAUUACCAAUUCUGUGAUGCCAGAAUGUAAAACUCCUUUCAAAUUGAUGAUGGGGUCCUCAAAUGCCAUGGGAAGGCUAUAUGUGCAAGAGAUGACUGCAAACCAACAACAAGAACUUCAUUCUGUCUAUCCCAGGCAGAGAUUGGGCAGUAAUGAACAUGGACAGAAAUCUCCGUAUCGUGGCGGCCAUGGAGGAAUGCCUAGUCCAGCUUCAUCAGGAUCACAAAUAUAUGGAGAUGGUUCCAUCUCUCCAAGGACAGACCCUCUUGGAAGUCCAGAUAUUUUCACGAGGAAUAAUUCCAGUUUUCAUGGAGCACCCAACUCUAGUCCUGUUCACAUGAACAGAACUCCUCUGUCCCCACCUUCAGUAAUGCUACAUGGUUCUCCUGUGCAGUCAUCUUGUGCAAUGGCUGGAAGGACUAAUAUACCUCUUUCCCCAACCCUGACCACAAAAAGUCCAGUAAUGAAAAAACCCAUGUGUAAUUUUUCAGCUAGUAUGGAAAUGCCACGAGCAAUGUUUCACCACAAACCACCUCAAGGCCCUCCUCCACCUCCUCCACCACCACCACCUUCCUGUGCUCUUCAGAAAAAGCCAUUAACUUCGGAGAAGGAUCCGCUUGGCAUUCUUGACCCCAUUCCUAGCAAACCGGUGAAUCAGAAUCCUGUUAUCAUUAAUCCAAGUACUUAUCACUCAAAUGUUCACUCUCAGGUACCUGUGAUGAAUGUAAGCAUGCCUCCAGCCGUCGUCCCUCUGCCAAGUAAUCUCCCUUUGCCAACUGUAAAGCCUGGUCACACAAACCAUGGGAGUCAUGUGCAAAGAGUUCAGCAUGCUGCUUCAACCUCCCUCUCACCCUCCCCAGUAACAUCACCGGUUCAUAUGAUGGGAUCUGGAAUUGGAAGGAUUGAGGCUUCGCCCCAAAGAUCACGCUCAUCUUCCACAUCAUCUGAUCAUGGAAAUUUCAUGAUGCCUCCAGUAGGACCACAGUCAUCUUGUAGUAAUAUUAAAGUUCCUCCUCGAUCACCAAGGUCAACAAUAGGGUCUCCUAGGCCAUCCAUGCCAUCAAGUCCUUCUACAAAGACUGAUGGACUCCAUCAGUAUAAGGAUAUCCCUAACCCAUUGAUUGCUGGAAUGAGUAAUGUAUUGAAUCCUCCAAACAAUGCAGUUUUUCCAUCUGCAUCUGCUGGAAGUGGGCCCAUGAAAAGUCAGCCUGGCUUGCUGGGAAUGCCUUUAAAUCAGAUCUUGAACCAGCACAAUGCUGCCUCCUUUCCAGCUAGUAGUUUACUCUCAGCAGCAGCCAAAGCACAGCUAGCAAAUCAAAAUAAACUUGCUGGUAACAAUAGCAACAGCAGUAGCAAUUCUGGAACUGUUGCCAGUGGUGGCAACAAUGAUGGACAUAGCACUUUAAACACCAUGUUUCCUCCUACUGCUAACAUGCUUCUACCAUCAAGUGAAGGGCAAAGUGGUCGAGCAGCACUACGAGAUAAGCUUAUGUCUCAACAAAAAGACCCUUUGAGGAAAAGAAAACCACCAAACACUACCGUGUUGAGUUUGCUUAGGCAGUCUCAGUUGGAUAGUUCUGGAGUUCCUAAAUCUGGGCCUGACUUGAUAAGAAAACAGAAUCAAGGUUCAUUUCCCAUUACGUCUAUGUCCCAGUUACUUCAAUCCAUGAGCUGUCAAAGUUCUCAUAUGAGCAGCAAUAGUACUUCUGGUUGUGGGAGCUCAAAUACUGUUUUGCCUUGCUCUGCUAACCAGCUGCAUUUUACAGACACUAAUAUGAACUCUGGCACUAUUCAUAAUUCACUGGCACAAGAUUUACCUUUAAGAGGAGAAAGUAUGCACUGCCAGAAUUCAAACACUAACUUUGGCCAUGGUACUAGUCCUGGCCCAAACCACCAUCUUGCAGGCUUAAUAAAUCAGAUGCAAGCUAGUGGAAAUUGUGGGGUGCUCAGUCAACCUGGAAUGACUUUAGGAAACUCACUACAUCUGAACCCAACUCAGCCACGAAUCCAAGCACCCUCCAAUCAAGUGAUACCAAACAGCAUUGUGAGCAGUUGCAGUCAAACAAGUCCUGAAGCAGGAAGAACAGGACCACCAUCAUCCACAGCUAUAGCUGGCACCAGUCAACCUGCCAUCACCAAGACCACAUCCGUUCUUCAAGAUGGUGUCAUCGUCACAACUGCAGCUGGAAACCCACUACAUAGCCAGCUCCCCCUUGGGAAUGACUUUCCUUUUGUUGGUCAUGAACAUACUCUGCAUUUUCCACAGAACAGCACUUCAAACAACAACCUUCCGCACUCUUUGAAUCCAAACCUCUUUAGUUCACUACCUAUCUCUUUGCCAGUGAAUCAGCAGCACCUCCUAAACCAGAAUCUAUUAAAUAUACUGCAGCCUUCAGCAGGAGAAGGCAAGUCUGAGGUCACCCUCAAUCCUUUAGGUAUUCUCAACCCAAAUGUAAAUGCUGCUUUAGCUUUGCUCUCCGGUGAUGUGGAUGGGCAGGUGCUGCAACCUGUUCAUUUCCAGCUGCUAGCAGCUCUUCUACAGAACCAAGCCCAAACAGCUGCCAUGUUCCCCUUAGCACCUUUCAAUCUGUCCAUCUCAGAUCUGUUACAGCAACAGCAACACAAUCCUGUACCCUCAGUAACACAGAUGACAGCCCCACCACCAGAUCACUUGCUUAGCAGUCAGUCAGAUACCAACAGAGCUGAUACCCUGUUAACCAGUUCACUGGGAAACCCUUUCCCAAGCUUUUCAGGCACAGACACUACUUCAAACCCCCUGCUCCUUCCAGCUGUCACUGGGGCCUCAGGAUUAAUGCCCUUGAAUCCCCAGCUGCUGGGUGGUGUUCUGAACUCUACAUCGGGCAACCCUGCUAAUCAUCCAGAGGUUUCCAUAGCAACCUCCUCCCAGGCUACCACUACCACAGCCACUACAUCAUCAGCAGUGGCAGCACUGUCUGUCUCAACACUUGGUGGGACAGCAGUGGUGUCAAUGGCAGAAACAUUGCUGAGCAUAUCUAAUAAUGCUGGGAGUACAUCUGGUUCAGCUAAACUCAACAGUAACUCUGUGGUGCCACAGCUACUUAACCCUCUACUGGGGACAGGUCUACUUGGUGACAUGUCAUCAAUAAAUACUACCCUUAAUAAUCACCAACUGACGCAUCUACAGUCACUGUUCAACAACAAUCAAAUGUUUCCAUCAAAUCAGCAACAGCAGCUUCUUCAAGGCUAUCAGAAUCUCCAAGGCUUUCAAGGACAGACCCCCAUUCCUGGGCCACCUAACAACUCAAACCCUAUGGCUUGUCUGUUCCAAAAUUUCCAGGUGAGAAUGCAAGAGGAGGCAGCUUUUCUGAACAAAAGAAUGAUCAGUCAAAUGGGGAUGCCACCAGUUCCCGAGAGUUCCAACACCCCACUUCCUCCAUUUCAAGAUACGGUGUGCAACUUGCAGCAAAGGACAGAGCCGUCUGUAGGGCACCAGGCAAAGGACAGCCUCAACCUAGCUACCCCGGGAGAUGGUUCAGUCGAUGCUAUCUACAAAGCAGUGGUAGAUGCUGCAAGCAAGGGGAUGCAAGUAGUUAUCACCACCGCAGUGAACAGUACAACACAAAUGAGCCCCAUUCCAGCCCUGAGUGCCAUGAGUGCCUUCACAGCCUCAAUUGGUGACCCAUUAAAUCUUUCUAGUGCGGUCAGUGCAGUAAUCCACGGAAGAAACGUUGGCAUUUCUGAUCAUGAAGGUAGGGCAAGGAACACGAGGGGGGCACGAAUAUUGAAGAAUUCAGAACACCUUAAAAAUUCCAGUGAGGGGGAGGGCUUGGAAUACUAUAAAACAACAGGUUGCAACACACCCAAAAAACAAUGGGAAGGGGAACAAAGCCCUGGAGGGGAAAUGAACAGAUGGAAGUGUGAGGAAUUUUUAGACCAUUCAUCAUCCCAUAUCCACAGCAGUCCUUGCCAUGAAAGACCUAAUAAUGUCUCCACACUGCCAUUAGUUCAAGGCAAGCAGCAUCCAAUACUGUUACCCCAGCGAAAUUGUCAAAGUGAUAAGAUGUUGGAGGAGAACUUCAGGUAUAGCAAUUACAAAAGAACUAUGAUGAGUUUUAAAGAAAGACUAGAGAACACUGUGGAACGAUGUGCACACAUGAAUGGAAACAGGCCUCAGCAAAGCAGAGGUUUUGGAGAGUUGCUGAAUGCUUCUAAACAAGACCUGGCAGUGGAGGAGCAGUCUCCAAGUUCCUCCAAUAGCUUUGAAAGUUCUCUAGUUAAAGACUACAUCCAUUAUAAUGGGGACUUCAAUGCCAAAAGCAUUAAUGGGUGUGUGCCUAGUCCUUCAGAUGCUAAAAGCAUUAGUAGUGAAGAUGACCUAAGGAAUCCUGAAUCCCCUUCUUCAAAUGAGUUGCUACAUUACAGGCCAAGGACGUUUAACGUUGGGGACUUGGUCUGGGGCCAAAUAAAAGGACUGACUUCAUGGCCUGGUAAACUAGUAAGAGAAGAUGAUAUUCACAACUCAUGUCAACAAAGCACUGAGGAUGGGAAGGUGGAGCCUGAUAAGUUGAAGACACUAACAGAAGGUCUGGAAGCCUACAACCAUGUCAGAAAGAGGAAUAGAAAAAGUGGGAAGCUAAAUAAUCAUUUAGAAGCUGCUAUACAUGAGGCCAUGAAUGAACUUGACAAAAUGUCUGGGAAUGUGCACCAAAUUCCACAGGGAGACAGACAGCUGAAGCCUCCAAAACCCAAGAGGAGGAAGAUCUCUAGAUAACAUUGAAUGUCUUUGUUACUGGUCCAGUACUUAUUUAAAAACAACAACAUGCACAUAUAUAUAUAAUAUCAGGAUGGAUAGAGUUCAUCACCACAGGGUGCUAAACAAAACAGUGGUACAGUAUUCUUAUUGGUAAAGAAGGAGAAGUUAAUCCAGAUCUUCAAAAGAUUACAGUGUGUGUAUAGAACCCUUUUUUCUAUAAUACUAAAAUUGUGAUUAUAAGAAAUAGUCCAAAUGUUUCUGCAAAAUUUUCAUUGUGUAUAUAGAUAAAACAGAAUUUCAUGACGAUAUCUCAAAUGUAAAUAAUGUACAAUAUUGUCAUGUACAAGCGUACCUAAUGCACACUUUAUCUUUUAUUGUACAAAAAAAUAGUGUACAAAAUUCUUUGGUUUCUAUUGAGUACACAUACAAGAGACUACCAGUGUAAAGUGAUAAAUAAAAAUACAGCCUAAAUGCUUUUAUAUAAUAAUGUAAAAGAUGCUGUUUUUGUAUUUAACAGCAGUUGAAAAGGCAUGAUUAUGUAAUACCUUAAUUAUGACAUAACACUUCUCGCCACUGAGUGUUCAUUUAUAGUGUCUGUUUGGAAUGAACCUUGCCUGGAAGUGUGCUGUACUCCAUUUAAGGUCUCUGUAGGAGAGUGCAACCUUGCAGAUUCCUAAAGGGAUGUGGGAUUGCAGGUCAAAUUAAGAAGUCAAACACUGCAACUGCUGGUUGCAUUUUUAUUAUUAUUUGCCUGAGUUUUAAAGUAGAAUGCUGUAGAUUUUUUUAUUAAGAAUAUUUAGAUAGAAUAUUUUUAGUCCGCUAUUGCUUUAACAGAGUUUCAUAGCCACCUGUUUUUAAAAUCAAGUUCAUUUUAUACCACCAUUUCUUUUGAACCCCUUCAUAGCCUAAAUUGGCUAGCCCAAUAUUUUGAAACGGGGGACAUGAUUGAUUUUAAUGUAUGGGAGCAAUAGCCCAGUUUUAAGAACCAUGCUCAUUGCUAAUUUUGUUAAUUGUCAGACCUUACAGUUCAGAAAAAAGUGUUCCUAAAAUUAAAGAAGAACUUUCAGUGGCCAGUUGUGCCUGGGUGUUUUUAUGGAGUUCAGUGGGACUCUCUCAGCACAAGUGGUCACUGAAUCACCCUACUGAUGAUACUGAUGCCCACUGGCCAGUAUUAAUAUUCUAGUUCUGAAAGGUGGCUUACAAAACUACUAGCAGCACUGGCCAGGAUCCAAAGAACUGCAGAACUAGUUCUGUGCACCCAACGGGCCUGUGUUUCUUGAACAGAAAAUCUCCUUCCCAACCAUAUGGGUAGCAAACCACUUCUGAACCUGAGUGGACUUACAAAAACAGUUUAUGAUACAGCGUGGGGUCUCUGGUUAAAAGGAUAUUUGUGUCAAAAAGAAUCCAGCUAGGCACACCCAAAUCUUGGGAUGUACCUUAAAGGUAGCUCUUUGGAUCCCAGCCAAUGAUUUUAUCAGUAUUAUGUAACAUAUCAGAUUUAUUUUAUUUAAUAAGAAUUAUUUAUACCAUUAACAGAUUCUUAUAUAUAUAUAAAUUUAUAUGAAUUUAUAUAUAUAUAUUUAUAUAUAUACAUAUAAAUGUGGCAGAAAUGUGCAGGUUGAAUCUAUUAACCAGAUUAUUUAUGUUAUGUUAAGUUUGAAAGAAAUGUGAAGCGUGCGUUAGAAAGCUGAUCAUACACUACACAAACCUAAAGCUGCGAGGCAUUCUCAAAAUACCAGUAUCUUUAAAAGAAAGUGUAACGCAGUGUCACUUACAGUGUUGAUGCUGCGUGUGGCAGCAGUGGCCCUCCCCUUCUCCCCAGCCAGCCCAAAACAUAUUCUCUGUUUGCCAUGCCUGGGCCCAAGAUGGAGUCCUUAGGACCACCUUCUACCUCUUCAUCUGGGAAGCCACCAUUGUGUUUUAUUCUGGAACUUCGUUCCUUAUAAUGGCCUAGUUGCCUCUCCUAGCAAAGACGUAAUCGGCACCAUCCAUGGCUGGUAACCAAAAUCUAGUGCUUACACAAGGAGUAUUCAUUCCCUGCCCACAUCACCUACUCCAUUUUCCUAUGUGACAUGAGCCCCAUUAGCCCCAGAGGGAUCUGAGGGAGCAACAUGCCCAUGGUCCCCUCUCCUGUGCCAACGCACACAGCACUACCCCUGGGCUAGAGGACUUGCUCUUAUCACAUGUGGACCCAGCCCUUCUCCCUUUUUGCCACACCCCAACCCGAGGGAAUGCAAUUAGCUACACUAAGCUACAGUGGCCUGGAGACAGAAACCCUUCCUUCUGCUGGGUAGGUUCAUUUUGUCUUUUGUGUAAUGGCAGGGCGGCCUGCCAUAAUCCUACAUGAAAUCUCAUGUGAAGUGAUCUUUUGUGUAGUUUAGUUAGCACUCUCUUUUUUUUUUUUUUUUUUGUUACGAGUUGAUGUGUUUGUUAUGUUUAAAGAGUUAAUGUCCAUUUUUCGUACCAGCCUGCUUUCUGCUCUCGUCUAAACAGAUGUUUCUAUUCAUGAAUACUCAUGUGUGUGUGUGUAUGUUUGGGUGAGUGGGUGUAUGUUUAUAUUUAGUUCUCUCCCCCCCCGAGUUAUUUUUUUUUGUCCCCAAAACUGAAUUUGUAUUGACCAACCCUUCUUUUGACAUUUUUAACUAAUUAGGUUUGUACUUUUCUCACCAAUGUAUACUUUACAUUAGUAGACUAUGUAAAGUAUUUUUGUGCACUUGAUUUCAUUGGUUAAUAUUGGCAUUGAUGUGGGUGCUAGGAAUAGUUUGUUUCAGUCCAUAUAGAUUUUUUUCCUUCCUCUUUAGAGUUUUUAUGGUUUUAUGUAAGCAGUUAAUGUAAAUAUUGUGAGCAUUACAGGUCAUGCAGUGUUGUAACAUUUUAAAAAAUGUUGCACCUACUUUACAAUUAAAACGCUGGUCACUCGUACUUGAAUUUUGCCCAUAGAGCCAUUUCUUUCUCUUUGCAUUGAAGCAUAAAUUACUUUUUUUAUUGAGGCCCAACCCUUCUUUCUACGCUUAUUUUUUUUUUGUUUAACAAAUCUAUAUUUUUCUAACAGAAGAUUUUAACAUUUAAUUUUUUUUUUUGCCAACUUUCUAACUUAUGAUGAGAUACUCCUAUAUUUAGAGAGUGAGAAAAUACCCUCAUUUUGGAAAGUGGAAUAAUUGAAUUCUGCAACUUAGCCCAAUGACAGAAAUCACAAGUGGGACACUAAAGUUGGGCCCCAGAAGAUUAAUUAGCCUCUCAUUAGAUCGAUUAGUGGAUGUUUGUGUGGUGUUUUGAGGAUAUAAAGUGGUAACUAUC